GAAUCGCCGCGGAAGACCGGAACUUGCUCUCAUACCCCGAUCAGCAUAUAGACAGCGACUGAUUCUUUGCGGACUGCCUUCUUUUCGAGCUCUAUCCACUUCAUUCCAGGAUACCCGAUCGCUCUAUCGUCGAACUCACGGCGAGCUCGAUUCUAGACGGCAGAGGCGCGAAGCCUUAACGCGGAAAUAAUGCAUGACGACCAGCUUAUGUCUCACGCUGCACCAAUGUGCGUGCUGCUUGGGGAGCGCCCAACGAUAGAUCUCGUUUUUCCGGCUUUCGCCAGACGAGCCGAUGACCUGUGUUUUCAUCUUUUUUCUUUUACGUUGCACAUUUCAACAAAAGCGAUUCCCUUUCCUUGUCAUACCCCGGCGAACGAGUUCUCGCCAUUCUGCAUGCGAGAAUCACUGGUGAUGGAUUACUUUGGGCAACUAAAAAGAUUCACUGGGAAAUCCGGUGGAUGCUCGCACAUAGAUGGCGUUUAUGAGGCUUUUCUGACGGACCCUUUCGGGGUUUGCACUGGGAGAGGCCUCAUAUUCAGGGCUAUGGGCUGGUACAGGCCCCCUUGGUGGAAGCGCUUGGUUUACGCAGUACAGCAAGUUUCCACCCUCUAUGACUUGGGCAUGGGAAUCAAACAAAAGCACAGUGAUGGAAUGGAUUAGUUCAAUAGACCUGGUUGUAUCAGGCAUCCAUACAAUGACUUGGUUCCUCAUUUUCA